CAAUCCUCUCACAGUGUGUGCACAGAGUGCAUGCAUGCACACACCUUUCUGUGAGCACCUUUCUUUAUUAGAACUGGAAUAUUUCAAACUGGGAUAUAUUUAUUAUUUUUUAACAUUUGAUUUGGAUUUUAUUAGUCUGCAAAUAUGACAAUCCGAACAGCCCGUCCUGACCGGGUGCAACAUUUCCCUCCCCGUAUGCACUGUCUCAAAAAGCUGGAGGCCAUAGUGGUGGAGAUGCAGGACCUGGCAAAUGGAGUGAAAGGCUCGGAGCAGAAACUCAAUGUCACUACCAUCCCACAUGUCAUCGCUGGUAAGGACAUCAUCGCAUGGAUUGCCAACAAGAUGACGACUCCAACUGAAGAGGCUCUUGUCUUUUGCACCAUGUUAGUGGCCUAUGGCUACAUCUAUCCCCUGCAGAACCACAAGAAGCUGGUCAUGUGCAAUGAUACUAGCCUCUACCGCUUCCAGACACCAUACUUCUGGCCUACACAGAAAUGGGUUGCAGAAGACUCUGACUAUGCCAUUUACCUGGCAAAGAGGAACAUCCGCAAGAAAGGCAUGCUCGAGCCCUAUGAACAGGCACAUUACGACCACCUCCAUAAAUGGCUGAACCACAAGUGGGACUUCAUUGUGAUGCAGGCCACUGAACAAUACAAGGCUGGUAAGGAGAGGAAGAAGCCGGAUCGUGUGGUGUUUGACUGCCAGGAAAGGGCUUACUGGAUAUUGAACAGGCCUCCGCGUCGUACUCACAGUGCUAUUGACUGCAGUCCAGAGCAUCUAUUUGAUCCCAACACAGAUGAGAAAAUCAGCUUUGACCAGUACAGACGCAUGAACAUUUUCUAUCAACAAGCCAUUAUGAGGUCAAAGGUCAAAUCUAGUGUUUCCCUCGGAGCACUCGUCAAGUACAUCACAACGUACAAAACCCACGACCCAUUUCUGGCUCCAUGUCUACCCAGCAACCCCUGGCAAACAGACAAUGACUCGUACUGGAGUCUCAACACGAGGAGAGUUGAUCCACCCACUAAGAUGAGAGUGGAGCGCUGGUCAUUCAGCUUGUUCGAGCUGCUGACUGACCUGCGAGGCCGGGACGACUUCAAGGUCUUCCUCAAGAAGGAGUUCAGCGGGGAGAACUUGGCUUUUUGGGAAGCAGCUGAAGAAUUGAAGUGGGGCACUGCAUCCUCCAUGUCAUCAAAGGCUGAGACCAUCUUUAAAACCUUCCUGGCCCCUGGUGCUCCCCGUUGGAUCAACAUUGAUGGCAGGACAAUGGGUCUGACAGUGAAAGGCCUGGACCAUCCUCACCGCUACGUGCUGGAAGCAGCGCAGACACACGUCUUCCUACUCAUGAAAAAGGAUACUUUCUUCCGUUACCUCAAGUCACCCGUGUACAAAGACAUCCAGAAGAAAGCACUGAGCCCUGAGGGUCAUAACUUCAGUCCGGCCCAGCUGGAGCAAAACGCUCAGAACCGGAGCCUCGGCAUCCAUCCCAUCAUCCUCUGGAAGGAGGAGGAGGAGGAGAAGGCUAAGGCGGCCGCUGCCUCCGCUCCUGUCGAUGUCAAGGCCAUGAUGAGCAAAAUAGACAGGAAGAAGUAGAGCCAUGCACUGAAGAUUUACAUGACACAUGUGACACACAGUAACACAUAGGUACCAGCCAGGAGAGGCUUUGUUUUAGAAACAGCAGUACAGCUCACCACAAAAGCUGCCCUGUUCUUUCAGCAUGUAUAGAAUAUGACAGUAUGUUAAGUCACACUAAUGACACAAUUUGUAUCUAAUCAAAUAUAUCAUAAUAAAUAUUUAAAUAUACAGUACAUCAAAAAUAAAACCUUUAUUAUUAUUAUCAAUACAUUAGAUGCUGAAGCCAAAUCUAUUGUUAAAUGUCUGAAGUUUGACUAGAGCCAAUGAACCUGCUUUUUCUUUUUGCUGACCCUGUGAUAGUUGUGUUUUCCAUGCAUAUUGCUCCAUACAAGUAAGAGAGUAAAGUAACAGUCAGGGCACAGAUAUUGUAGCUUCUGUUGCUGCAAUAUAAAUACAAAAUAAAUGAUAAAUGUUGUUGUACAUACAGGACAGAUUUAAGUCUGAUUUGAUUAAACUGUCUCUACUGUCGGCUGCAAACUAUUCAAUCAUUCACUUCCAUAUGGAUAUUUCUACUGUUUGUACAUCUGGUUACUUGCCUAAAAUGAAUAAUGAGAUCAAGUUAAAGCGGA